AUGAUCAAAACAAUUAAUAAUUUACAAUACAGGGAGAUUUCUAUGCAUUUAAUGGAUAUAUUAUCAUCGUUGAAUUUUAUCCUACCUUUUGUCUGGAUAAUUAUUCUACUCCCAGAAUCACUGGUGUAUACACAUGAUAUGAGUAAAAUUAUGGUUGACGAAAACACAGGAUAUUUUAUUGAUUCACGUGGUUAUGUUAAACUAUUCCAUGGUAUUAAUACUGUGCCUAAAUAUCCACCACAUUAUUUUCUCUCCUUACUCAAUGCAUCAACACUGAGAACAUUCCGUGAUUGGGGCAUUAAUGUUAUCCGCUUAGAAUAUAGUUGGUUAGCUCUGAAACCAUCUGAACAAAAAAUAAAUCAUAAAUACUUACAUAAUCUGCGCAGAAUUAUUGACAAUGCAGAACAGAAUGGAAUAUAUGUGAUUUUAGAUUUUCAUCAAGAUGGUUUAUCAGAGCGUAUUGGUGCAAUUGAUUCUGUACCGAAUUGGUUUAUGGAUAAAUUGCCAAAACUACCAAAAUUAUUUCAAUAUCCUUGGCCGUUGUCAAUUCCGCCAAACACUCCACUGUGGUUUUUAACUUAUUUUACAUAUGAAAGUGCUUAUACAUUUGGUAAUAUUUAUAAAAAUGCUUCAGGAGCAUGGAAUUAUUUUGGCGAAUUAUGGAGAAUAGCAGCUGAAAAUUUUGGAAAUAAAGUUAAUCUACUAGGUUAUAAUCUAAUCAAUGAACCACCUCCUGGAAAUUUUUAUGCAAAUCCAUUCCUAUUACUUCCUUAUAAUUCAGGUCAUCAGUUACUGGCACUCUAUGACUAUUUAAUUAAAACUAUCCGUGAAAAGGAUGAAAAUUCGCUGAUAUUUUUUGAUCCUAUAACUUAUGCAAUAUAUUUUCCACAAGCCAAUGGAAUACCAGGUACGGGUAUGCAACGUCUACCAGGAUCUUUAGAGGAUAAAUCAGUGGCAAGAAAGUCUGUAUUAUCUUAUCAUUAUUACUGUUGGUUAUUACAGUCGCAACUAGCUGAAGAGGAAGUACCUUCGUGGAAACGAUUUAUCUGUGACAGUAUUAUUUUACCAUAUGUGCUAAAAAAUGUUAAAAAUAUCACCAAAAAUACAGGAGGUGGAAAAUUUUUAACAGAAUUUGGUCUUUGCUUUCCUGAUGGUAACCCGAAUUCAAUAAAUACUGUAGAAUUUAACGCUAUACUGGAUGCAGCUGAUGAACACUUUGAGUCAUGGACGUAUUGGGAUGAUUAUAAUUCAUUUCCUAGAGUCACUCUUUAUGAUAAUCAACUUAGAUCAUUUAGUCGUGCUUAUCCACAAUCAACAGCUGGUCAACCGAUACGAUUAAAUUUCAAUGUGGCUACAAGUGAAUUCUAUUAUACUUUUAAAGUAACACAUAAAUGUAAACGUGAUCAUAAAUUGUUGUUAAUCGCAGAAAUCUAUGUACCAUUACAGAUACAUUAUCCAUCUGGAAUGAAUGUCACUUUUACACCCAGCGAAUUAUACUAUGUAUUGAAUAAGGAGAAUACACAUCUAAUGUCUGUUUAUGCACCAUGCACACUCAUUCAUAAUAAUGAUAAUAAUAAUAAUAAUAUUCAUGGGGAUGAUUUAAAAGUUGAAAUAAGAAUUACACCAUUUCACACGUCUAGUAGUAAUGAGAACUCCGGUAACAUAAUAUCCUAUUCAACUUUUAUACAAAUUUUAUUAAUUAUUAAAUGUUUAUUGUUAGCGUCUAUCUGAGAUUUUCUGGUUUGUCUGUUGUUGUUUUUUUUUGUUUUUUUAUGUGAUGAAUUGAUUUGAUUUGAUUUUCACUUUGACUCUGAUUUUGAUUUUGAUACCUUCUUAACAAGAUGAUUUUGUCAGCGAACAAUUGUGGUUUCGAUAAGAAACGUCUUCUUGUUCUUUUUCUAUAUCUCCGCUUGCUUCACAUUCUACACACUUAUAAAUCCAUGAAUAAUAUUAGAAUAUAUAUAUAUACAAAUAGUCAGCCAUCAGUAAAGGUAUGUGUGCAAAUUUAAAUCAGAAACUGGUCUGUGGUAGGCGGGGUACAUGUAUGUAUAAAAUAUGGCGAGUUCCUGACAAGUUAAUACUGUCAUCAGUUGAGUGUAUAUCGAAAAUGUGCAGUCAUUCAGAAAAAUGGGUGGUGGCAAAGUUAAACUUUCGACACCACUAGCAACCAAUCAGCAAACGACCUUGAACGGACCAAUCACAUUAAACAGGCGGCAUAUAUGAUGAAUGGAAACGCAUAUUUAUAGAAAAAAGCAUAAAGAAGGAUAAAACGGUUACAAGGAGUAUCUUUCUCGAAUAUGUGAGAGAAACAUCCCCCAGUUUAGCAUGUGACUGUCAAUGGCGAAGUCACAGCACAUCCUGUACUUAUAUUCAUCUGAACGGCUGUAAAUGAGAUCCUUUCCAGAUCCAUUUAUAGCUCUUAUCUUGUUUUUCAAGCGGCCCCGUAAACCUUCAGUGAAAUUCGUAUGAGUCCUCGUAACGGGAUCCACAAAGCAAACAAGUGAUUGUCUCUAUUUUACACGAAGCAAUAUCUCUGCAAUGCUGGUACCAAUACUGUUGAGACAAGACUAUUCUCAGUCUCGGCAGCUGCUGCUCUCACCGGCUGUUUCAACACCCAGUAAUUGCAGAUAUACAAAAUUUGGGUUAGGGAGAGAUGUGACCUAGCGGAAAAAUUUCCCACGAAAUAUUAAAAUUAUCAGCUUACCCUCUCUUAUAUUAGCAUGCUUCAAACAUAUAACACAACGAUGAACAAACCCACCAGUUGAUCUGCUAUAGCUUUUUAAAGUCAUGAUACCAACACAAGAACAAGUUCGCUCCUUCCGGAGCAAUUUAAAUCCAGGCAAUACUGGAAAACACUAACCUCCUCAAAUUACAGCCGUAACCUUGUGAGGUCACGCAUUAGAAAUGAAUCAAGCGCUCUACAACAUUGAACUACGUUCGUGAAUCUCAUUGGAUAAUUCGACGUCGUUCGUAAAUCUCAUUGGAUAAUUCGCUGAUUGGUAGUUAGUGGUGUCGAAAGUUUAACUUCGCCUGGGUGGUA